UUCCUAAAACAACAGGCAUUUUAGCCAAAAGUUUGGAAAUAAUUCAACUGCAGAAGAAGAAUAAAAUUGUAUGUAAUCGAAUAUAAUCCGUGCGCUCGGCCAGGCAGUCUGUGAACGAAUGAGCGGAAUAAGAGGCACCUUGACGUUUUCAAAGGCAAAUUAAGACGACGACGAUUAAUAACAACAUGAACGACUCCGAACAAGGUUAGACUCCGGCAAAGACGUUCCUUGUAUGGCGAGAAUAAAUAUUCAAGUACGCGUAUUAUUGUUAUAUAAAAGCGCGUGACCCACAUAAAAAACAACGUGCGGUUUCAGGACCAAAACCGCACUUCUGUCACAUUGAAAUGAAAAGUUUGAAAUUCAAAUCUUUUUCCUUACCACGGACAGGCGGGUUAACCGAGGAAGACUGAUUGCCCAUGGUUAUUAAACUGGCAGAAAUCGGCCAACUUUUAGGGUUAGAAAUAGCAAAAGCGAUUCGGCGGCAGGUGUUAUGCAACGACAGCAGUUUGAAGGUUGCGCGCAGCAUUCCAAAAACACAACUAAAAGGUUACGAAUGAACUUGGAGCGAAGGUCAAAACACUCCUUCGGUCCAGGAAGGGCCUGUUUUUGAGAUGCCUCCGGCUAAGGGCAAACCUCGGAAACGAACGUUUUCUGCUGCUUUUUCGGGCGACGAUUGGGACAAAAAGACAGAAGUGAUAAGACUAUCGAAGGCCGAGUGUUUUGAUUACGCAACGAGUAAAAUUCAAUGAACUUUUCGUAACUUACUCGGACUCCGGCAGCUUCACGCACAAAAUAACAUUGCCCGUGACGUAAUUUUUACUAUUAAUCCUUUUUUAUUAUUCAUUGAAGCCGCGAGUGGAGGCACCUGUGAGCGGAAUGUGGAAGCUUUCAAAACUGUUUACGAACAAUUCGGCAGGCAUGCGCGCUAAUAUUCAAAUUUGACACUUCUCACGUUUUCUUUGUUGACACUCGGAUUCGAAUUUCCAAAAUUCCCGAAAAUGUCAACCCAUUUUUCGAGCAGGUUGACGAAUUUCGAGUUUGUGAAAGGUGUCAAAGAUUCAGGGUUUACCUUCAAAUCGUACAAAGAGAAAGCAGAUCUUACUCGAAUUGCGCACUUAGACUUGGACAGGGUCGCUCGAGACCUGGACAUCUCUGUUUUGCAGGAAUAUGUUGGCACUUUAGUCAACUGCGACCUGAGUGAUCUGAAAGGGGUCGACCCUGGCCUUUCGAAACUUCUGCACCUUGCCCAAUUGUGUGUUGAUUACUGUCUCUAUUGCCAAGAUUUUCUCGCAAACAGUUUGUCAGCGCUGGAAAAUGUCCACGAAGAAGUUCUGAAGGAAUUGCAGGCAGCAAAAAAAGAAAAUAGGAGUUUGAAGGAUAAGUUGAAAAAAGAAACGAAACGAAAAAGGUUAUUGACAGAGCAAAAGGAAAAUAAAAUUCUAGACUCAUUCUAUGAGUGUUCCCAAUGCAGAAAAGUUUAUUCUAGUCAAGAGUUCUUGCAAAGUCACAUCCAAAGAAGGCACAGCAUUGAAAUAGAAACUGCUGACAAAUCCAAAGAAAUGCUGCAAGAGCUUAAGGCUGAGAUUGAGUCCCUCCGAAGGGAUCUUGUCAAAGAAAAGGAGGCUGCUCUUACAUCGUUUCAGGAUAAUAAAAGUGAAUUAUAUCUGAAGAGGGAGGAAGCCUUAUGGGCUGAAAUCGAAAAGUCCCAAGCCGAGCAACGAGCCAGACAUCAGGCCGAAAUUGCAGAUCUCACAGCUAACUUCCAGCUGCAGCUAAAACAAAGCCUGGCAGACCUUGCCACUAAUUUGAGCAAAAGUGAUUUAAAUAUUGAAAACAUUCCAAAAAUGCAGACCUCAAAUGCUCUUCAGGUCAAAAUUCAGGACAUAAAAGAAGAAAUGAAUGAUUUGUGGCAAAAAAAGCUCGACCAGCAGGAACACUGGUUCAGAUCAGAAAACUCAAAAGUGAUGGAUCAACUCAUCAAAAUGCAAGAGCGAGAGGAUCUGCGGUGGUCUGAAAUAAGAAAGAUACAAAAUGAGCCAAAGACACUCCCUAUUGAGCGUCCUCAAACUUUUGAUGCGCCUGUUCCUGCAGCCAGACAUAAAAAACUCCAGCGCCAAAUGACUACGACAGUUUCAAAACUGGAGUUCAAAGCACCAACUCCCUCUGCUCCUCUGCUAUCCGACCAAAUUUUUGACGAGAGUACUGCUGAAGAGACUGAAGAAAGCAGUGCUGCCCAAGAAACAAGCCAACAGAAACCCCAGAAUUUUGUUCUGUGCACCCCAAAAACGGUGCCUUCUAGACCGAAAUCAGCAACAGGCGCCUACAACCAGGAAACGAUGGAAAGCACCAGUGGCAGUGAAGAGGAAACAACAGACAAGAGCGACGACAUUGACGCUACUUUAAAGGAAAUGAAGGAAGCGAUCCAACAGAAUCCAGUUUUGAUUGAGUCCUUGAAAAACGAAGUUGAAACUCAAGUUCAAGAAAAGUUCAAUUCGGUUGGGUUAUUGAGUGACGAGGGUUUGAACCGCAAGGAGUUUCUGUCUGUGAGCAACCAAAUGAAGGAGCAGCGCAAAGACUCGGAAAAGCAAUUUAGUGGUUUUUGGAAGAUAAGGAAGAGUAUUGAGAAAAAAGUGGAAAUAAAAGCAAAAGAAAAUAUGGCUGAAAUCUGCAAUGAUUCCAAUGUGAAACCAAGCAAAUUGAAGCAGCACCCUGGAUUCUUUGCCAAGCUGACCAAGAGAUAUAACAAGAAAGGGAACAAGUCCAAAUCCGACACACAGAUUUUUACCUCGACACCUGUGAAGAAAGGUGCCGAGUCUCCAGGUGCAAGCAUCUUAAAGGCAAGCAAAAGCAAUUUGAGGGCAAGCAGUGAAGUUUUAAAUGAAAAAAAGGCAAAUGAGCAACGCAGCACAAACACUGAUAUGCGCCGUGCACAAUCUUUGCCAAGUAGUAAAUUUGUUACUUUUGAUGAGGAAGAAGAUGAAAACAAAGAAAAUAAUACUUGGGACGAAGAUACCCUCUCUAAAGCAACAAUGUCAGAGACUAAGAUUGAAGUUAAAAAAAUUGGGCAAGGAAAUUUCAACCCAUUCAUUACUUCUUCAAGUAUCACCAAAUCAUCCGAGAAACCUGAACUAGACUUAGACGAGCUCGAAAAGGAGAUAGAUUUUAAUUUGAAGAACACAUUCAAAAUCGGAGAAUCCAAUAGAGCCAAUUCAAAGAUUGCCAAAGCAGAUUUAAGUUUACCCGUCAGUGAUGACAACUCUUGGGAUUUGGAAGACAUCUAACUUAUGUUACGUUAAGCGAGAAUUUUAUUUAAUUUAUUAUACAAUGCCGUAGUUCAUAUUCAUGUAGUCAUCAGCGUAGGAAAAAUAAAUUGUGUUUAAAAUUGGUGAUUUAAAAAGGUAAAAAUUCACCUAUUUUC